CAAUUUGAAUGUGCCUUGUUAUUUAAAUUUUGUUCACUCAAUCACACUGAUUAAGCAGAAGAGAUGACUUCAUCAGCAGACUUCAUGAACAUGCAGAUCAACUUGAAGCACAACCAGACUGAGUUGGCGGACUUCAUGAGUGAACUGCAGUCGUGGGAGACAGACAUCAAGCAGAAAGACGAGGUCAUUAAAUCAAUCGCUACUGGGGCGGGGGCUACUAGUUCUGGAGAGGGAGGGAAAAUGGGAGGGACUGGGGAUGGUGAACAGUCAAGGCCGCCUGUGAGGAAUAUUGCAACUAAGCCCAAAGUGGAGAAAAAGGCAGUGAAAGAGGAUUUAAAGGACGAGGAGUCGCCGAAGAAACAGAAAAUUAAAUCGUACGACUACAGAGCAUGGGACAAAUUUGACGUGGAUAAAGAAUGUGAAAAAAUUGAGAGUGAAUCUGCGAAGAACGAAAACAAAGAAAGUGAACUCGAGGAAAACGACGAAGAAAAAGUGGCCGCUCUUUUGAGACAGAGAGAAAGACAAAAGGCCAGUUUCUACAAAGAGCAGGGCAAUAAAUGUCUCAAAAAUGGUAAACUAAAUGAUGCCAUAAUAUACUACACAAAGGGCAUCGAAGCUGACCCAAAUAACGCGCUAUUGUAUUCAAACAGAGCAAUGGCUAAUUUGAAACUGGGUAAAAAUGAUUUAGUCAUUGAUGAUUGCACCGAAUCUAUUAAGCUAGAUGACUCAUAUUUCAAAUCGUACCUGAGAAGAGCUUCGGCUUAUCGGAACUUAGGUCAAGUGGAACAGAGUGAGCAAGAUUUUAGAACUGUACUUAAGCUGCAACCAGAUAACAAAGAAGCUUUGAACGAGCUCAAUAAACUGAAAUUGGUGAAAGAGAACAAAAGUGGCAUUGCGAAUACGAAUAAUAUAGUGAUGCCGGUAAAGAAAAGUAUUGGGAAAAGGUCGAAAGUUCCGCUGAGAAGAAUACACGUGGAGGAAAUCAGGAGUUCUGAAAAUUUGAGUUCUAAUUUAGGAGCUCAAGCCAAUUUUAUCAAAACGAAAGAAACAAAGCCUUCAAAGUCAAAAGUUAUUGAGAUUGCUUCUGACAUUACUGAAUCGAAAACAGAGUCACAAAAAUUCGACGCAGUUGAAUCAAAUUGGUCCACUCCAUUGAAUGACAGUGCGGAUAAAACUACCGAAGACACUUCUUCAAGGUUUCACAAGUUAAAUGAAAAUCUGGAGGCGGAAUCACCAAAAUCAGACAACCAUGUUAAAGUCAAAUCAAAAGAAAUCCAAAUCCCGCCUGUUCCUAUGUCCUCAAUGCAAUUUAUUGCAGAUUGGAAACAGCUUCACAAAAACCAGGAAAAUACUUUCUUGUAUUUGAAACAAAUACCGUCGCAGAAGCUGACCUCACUCAUACCUCAUUCGGCGUUCGACUCAACAAUGCUAACUACUUUUCUGCAGGUGUUCAAAAACUAUUUUGUGCUUAAAAGGCAACCAGAAGUUUUCCCUUACCUCGCUGCGCUUUCGAAAGUUAAGCGAUUUUCAACAUUGACCAUGUUUUUGAGCAAAGAGGAAAAACAGGUUGUAAAGGAACUGUUUGAAUUCGUAGAGAGAACUGAAACUGUUUCUAUUGAUCAAAUUUCAUCUGUAAAGAAAUUGUACUCUAUGUAA